CCACAUAACAAUGACUGUAGACAUCGAGGCCCUUUACCUUAAAUUACCCAAAAACAUAAUGUCAUUUUUCGGAGUCUGGCUACCACCGAAGAGACACAUUAUCCUACACAAUAUCUACAUGUUAAUAAUCAUGGUAUCCCAGUACAGCUUUCUGCUAUUCGAGUUUAUUUAUCUAUUUGAUGUUUUAGAUGAUCUAGAGGCGGCUUCCGAAGCGUCGUAUCUGCUCUUUACUCAGGCGUCUCUGUGUUAUAAGACAACUGUUUUUCUGGUGAAUAAGAGGCAUCUGAUUGAGUUGCUUGAGCUGAUGAGGUGCGAGAUGUUUGCUCCUGAAACUGAGGUGCAUGAAAAGUUCCUGUCACUCCUGGCUGUGAGGAUCCCGCGCCUGUGUCUGUUCUUCAUGACGAGCGCGCUCACCACGUGCACGCUGUGGGCCAUGAUCCCGCUGUUCGACAACCAGGGCCGCCGCUCCUUCCCCUUCAGGAUCUGGAUGCCAGUAACCCCGGAGAGGUCUCCGCAAUACCAGCUCGGCUACUUGUACCAGGUGGCGGCGAUCUACAUCAGUGCCUUCCUCUUCAUCGCGGUGGACAGUGUGGCUGUUUGCAUGAUCAUGUUCGGAUGUGCAGAGCUGGAUAUUAUUAUGGAUAAGGUUACUAAGUUACAAAAAGUGCCUCUAUCUGCAAAACUGAAACACACUGAAAGAACUGAGCUCUUAGACAAAAACUACAAGUUAUUUGUGGAUUGUAUUCGACAUCAUCAAGGUGUAAUUGAAUUCAUGGUGAAAGUGGAGAACAAUUUUCACGCCAACAUAUUUUUUCAACUGAGCGGCAGCGUCGCCAUAAUAUGUAUCACUGGACUGAGGAUCUCUAUUGUGUCUCCGGACAGCGUGCAGUUCUUCUCGAUGUGCAACUACAUGGUGACCAUGCUGUCGCAGCUGUUCCUGUACUGCUGGUGCGGACACGAGCUCACUAUACGGAGCGAGAAGCUCCGCGAAGUCGUGUACCAGUGUCCGUGGUACCAGCAAGGGACCAGGUUCAAGCGGCUGCUGUGGAUCACCAUGGAGCGUAUGAAGAAGCCCAUCAUAUUCAAGGCCGGACAUUAUAUUCCGUUGUCACGGCAGACUUUUAUUGCGAUUCUUCGGUCGUCGUAUUCUUACUUUGCGGUAUUGAAUCAGGCAAAUAGCAAAUAAGGAUUGUGUACACCAAUAAAAAACAACACAGUCCCUAUAGUAUAGAUGUGUAUUUAUUAAUAAUUCAAGUGUAGUAGUUCAGAUUAAUAAUUUUACCUUUUAACAAACUAAA